AUGGAGAACAUCACCUUUGAUCUCGGCAAGAGGGACGGUGCUAGCUACGUGUCCGACGGCAACGAGAUCCAUCUCCUCAGCUUUCCGAACACCUUUAGGCGCUACUCGUCCUGGCAGCAUAUCUACGGGCCUCCGAACCCCUCCGAGAACAUUAAGUUUAACGUCAAAUGCGCCGACGGCCGCGUCGUGACCCUCAGUCUCGCCAACCUCAUCUCCGGCCCUUACAAGUACUUGCAGGUCACCGCCUACUUCCGGGACGACAACCACGGCGUCGGUCCCAUUUUCCUCGGCGUAAUCUUCAGCUCUCAAACUGGCGACUCUUCGUUCUCCGAGACUGUCAAGUUGUUCUACAGGUUCAGCGAGAUAACUGCCAACUCCUGCCACGGCGUCGUCAAGUUGAUGUCUCUUUCUUCCGUUUCUCCUGACCUUCUCGGCCAGGACCUGCUCGACGAGCAGUACAGGCUCCUCGCCACUACUGUGGCCAUUAAUCUUCACGAGCGUCGCCGUUUUUACAAGGGCGGCUUCACCAUCGGCUCCAACGGCGAGAACAGCCACUCUCUCGUCCGCGUCGAGUCUCCCAAGCACGUGACCGGCUUCAAGGACUACUUCGUCUUCUCUCACGUUCCCAAGGUCUCCUCUUUCACCAGACUCGACCUCCGGUGCUCUGACGACUGCUGCACUUUCGUCGACUUUGACGGCUCCCGUUUUUCCAGGGCCAACACUGACAAGGUACUUGCUUACUUCUGCUCUGACGACCAUGACAAUCGCGUUCCUCUUCUCAUCGGCUUCAUAAAGUGCUCUGAUGACGGCGACUCUGGCUUCUACUACCGGCUUCACAGCAUUUACGAGGACUACUCUAGGCCUAGUGACCGUCGUUGGGUUAAGGUUUACGAGCCUCUUGGUUUGCGCGUUCGCAACCCUGAGCUUUCUUUGAAGGCCAUUCACUCUGACAACAAGUUUUACAUUGACACUAUUCUUAACCGGUAUGGUCCUUACAACCCUCUCAUGGACCAACUAAUGAUGGGUUUUGGCAUUUGCACGAUUCUUCUUGCUUUCACUGCCACUGGCAUUUGGAUUUACUUGAACCUCGAGACUGCUAUGGACACUGUGAACAAUCUUUACAGGCGAUUUUAA